CAGUUCCGGACAGCGGCAACUGAUGGCGCUCGCUCGUGCCAUUCUGCGAGCCACAAGCAUUCUGGUGCUGGACGAGGCCACCUCCCAGAUGGACUCGGACACAGAGCGCAGGGUGCAGGCGAGUUUGAGGGAGAGCUUCUCGCACAGCACCGUUAUCACGAUAACGCAUCGCAUCGACACCAUACUGGAUUACGACAGGGUCGUCGUCAUGGGAAACGGUGGAGCACUGGCGACCGGUGGUGUACGGGACCUGUUGUCCAAUCCGCGCUCCGUGUUUCGUAGUACUGCUAUCAGCGCUGGAAUCAACGUAGAUAAAUGAGUAUCAGAUAUAUUACCAAAAUAAAAUUUUUUUGAACGUAAACACAA